AUGCCCAGUCCUCAAUUACUGGGGUUGUUAGCUCUUUCUUGCUUGCCCUCGGUCCUGUCAAUCCCGACGAGCCACUACAACUGGCAGAAUGGUACCAACGUCACCACCUUGGAACUCGUUCCAGGGACCCAGUCGCUGGAGAAUAUCGCAGUUCAGAGAAAUGGCAACAUUCUAGUCACGUCUGUCGCUUCGUCAACGCUGUUCGGGCUGUCGUCCCGGGGCGAACAUCCACCAAUCCCGGUUGCCCAAGUUCCCGUUGUGACUGGGCUCCUCGGAAUCACUGAGCUUGAGAAGGAUAUCUUUUACGUCAUCGGUUCCAACUUGACAUCGACUGAAAAUUCGAACGGAGUGUGGAGAGUUGACCUUCGCGACUUCCAAGUUUCUUGGAACAGUACCAUCCUUCAACCGGCUUCAGUCUCUUUGGUUGCACAAGUCCCAUCGGCUCUGCAGCUCAAUGGCAUGACCCGUCUCUCCAGAAACGACACCAAGAAUCUUCUCAUUUCAGAUUCUUCUCGAGGCACAAUUAUCCGUCUAGAUGUUGACACGGGAGAGUACGAAACGGUCAUCAAAGAGCCGGAGAUGGCUUCGUUAGCUACGGGCUUAGGGAUCGGCGUGAAUGGGAUUCGGAUCCACAACAACGACCUCUAUUUCGUAAGCUUGGAUCAGGGUAUCUUUGCCAGAGUACCAAUUUCUCUCGCAAGCGGAGUGACGAUUGGUCCUGUGGAAACACUUGCCUCCAACAUUACCUUCGGCGAUGACUUUGCCCUGUCAGACGACGGCAAGCAGGCGUACGUUGCCACAAAUGGCCCUCACGAGGUUAUUGGAGUCGAUUUGGUUCGCGGGGGCAAGUUCGUCGUCGCCUCGUCGCCUCUGCUAGGAUCUGCGUCCUCGGUCGCCCAAGGACUACAUGACGCCCGUAAGGUUUUAUACGUGACCGGUGCUACAUCUUUGGGAAACAGUACAAUCGGCCACGUAUCCAGCAUAUCACUGGAGUGCAAAGCCCUAGCUGAAAGUUUAGGUUCCUCUGCUCUUUCGCAGUAG